AUGAGUACUACAGCAGUUACACUCUUCGCAGGACCAGGGACACUGCACUGUGCUCCUUCACUUCACAAUGGCAACGGAAACAUUCUAUUCAACUACGUAAUAGAUGGCACGAUUCGGACCCUAUCGAACACCAACUCUCCAACCCAACAAUCCUUCAAGGGACUCUUAUACGUCCCAGACUUCGACACCAAAGAUACAGAAUGCACCAACAUCACAGCACCCUACAUCCCCCAAAACGCAACCCGCCUCACCGAUUUACCCUUCACCAAAAACACAAAUAAUACAACAAUCGCACUCGCGCCCUGGGUAACCCGUGACUGCGCACAAGCAUACCUCACAGCAUCGCAAGAAGCGAAAGUUGAAGCCCUAAUAUUCUACCAUCCCGAAAGCAGAGACUCGGUAAAACCACCGGCGGCAGAUAAUUCCAUGUGGGAUUUGGGGGAUAAUGGGCAAUGGAAAAAGGAGUAUAAUUACCCUGUUUAUGCGGUUUCGGGUCCAGCGGGGACGAAUUUGAUGCAUCAGCUUUCUCAGUAUUCUGGCCGGAAUAAUGGGGUAGGUGGUAGGAAUGAGAGUGAAGUGCAGGCGCAGAGUAUAGAGGAUUGUGCUAGGCUGUAUACGUUGAUUGAUUUGGAACCUGAACAGUCAUCGACUGUUCCCGGUAUAUGGGUAUUUGCCCUAGCGAUUCUAGGGAUGAUUAUCCUCGUAAUGAUAUUGGCAUAUAUCGCUUUACGCCACUUGCGGAGGAAAAGAAGAGAGACUCUACAGCGACGUCUGGUUUCGGGGGAAAUUGAUCUAGAAUAUCUGGGCAUCACUCGACUUGUCGUUCCUCCACAUAUACUCUCAUCGUUGCCGGUGUAUGUCUAUCCAGUUAUUGAAUCCGAACCCGAAACCACACCAGAAAAAACAGAAGAAGAAAAGAACAAAACCCAAGAAUCACAAAACACGACAAUGACCAUCAUCACAGAAACUCAAGACGAAACCCUCACCUCCAUCCUCGAAGAAAUAACACCUCCUGCACCAACCCUCGGCAAACGGAAACGCAGACACCACACCCUAACCUUCUCCCAAAACACAUGCGCUAUCUGCCUAGACGACUUUGUCCCUGGAUCAUCACUCAUCCGCGAAUUACCAUGUACACACAUCUUCCACCCCGAAUGUAUCGAUACAUUCCUCAUGCGUGACGGGAGUACAUGUCCCCUGUGCAAACAUAAUGUGUUACCAGGAUCAUUUAUUGAGGAGCAGGUUAGUGGAUUGUUGGUGAGGAGGGAGGAGAGGGCUAGAAGGUUGAGACGAUAUCGGCGGCGUAGUCAUGGUGAGAAUCCGGUGGGGAGUCCGGUGGACACUUCACCUUCAUCUGGGGGAGUUAUGGAUCGGUUUUGGCCUUGGUUGCAUAGGGAUUAUGAGAAUGGAAGGGGUGUACGCAGUCGGCCGGACGGUGGUGGCGAAGUAUCUGAGACGGACUUGCAAGUCCAAAGACCGCCACCUGUAGGCAUUGCGAGGGGCUCAGAGGAGAGUUAUGGCCCGGAGAGAAGGGAAAUGAUGCAGAGAAGAGCUAUGGUGUUGUUGGGUACACCUGUUACUAAUCGUGCUUAA